AUGGCCUGCUGCUCCACCAGCUUCUGCGGAUUCCCCAGCUGCUCCACCAGUGGGAACUGUGGCGCCAGCUGCUGCCGCCCCAACUGCUGCCAGACCGGCUGCUGCCAGCCCAGCGGCUGCCAGGAUAGCUGCUCCCAGCCCAGCUGCUSCCAGMCCAGCUGCUCCCAGMCCAGCUGCUSCCAGACCAGCCGCUGCCAACCCAGCUGCUGCCAGACCAGCUGCUGUGGCUCCGGCUGUGGCUCUGGGAGUGGAAUUGGAGGUGGCCAGGGUGGAGCCCUGAGCUGCCGCACCAGGUGGUGCCGCCCAGACUGYCGCGUGGAGGGCACCUGCCUGCCACCCUGCUGCGUGGCGAGCUGCACACCCCCCACCUGCUGCCAGCUGCACCAUGCCCAGGCCUCCUGCUGCCGCCCAUCCUACUGUGGACAGUCCUGCUGCCGCCCAGCCUGCUGCUGCUACAGCUGCCCACCACCCAACUGCUGUGAGCCCACCUGUUAA